CCGCCGCAGCUCCUCCCCGCGCGAGGAGCGGGGUCGCUCUGGGCGGAGGCCGGGCUGCACCCCCUGAGCGGUGCACUCUGUGAAGUUGGAGGCGCGCAACGAUCAAAGUGGCCGCGGGGCUGCGGACUCGCCUUCCUCCACCGGAGGCCGGCUGUCCAUCGCCGCAGCGAGUGUGCUCCCGGCUCUUUUUUUUCCGGUCCGGAAAAUGCAGCCCGAGGUGGCAAAGAGGUGGAGGGAGGACUGCGGGCAGAGGCUCCGGUUGUUCUCCCUCAGUUCGCCUCAUCCUUGGCCCGCCCGAGCCCUGUCCAAGGGAAAGGAACCAGGAGUUAGGACUGGACACUCGGGAUUGUGGGAUUAGUGAUAUGCUUUCCUAAACAACAGAAAAGUUGAAGAUGUCUAAACACUUAGUGGCUUGGACAGUGACCACCCUUCUUGGUAUGGCUGUCGGGGGGUUUGUCCUGUGGAAAGGCAUCCAGCGCCGGAGGAGUAAAGCAAGUCGUGUAACCCAGAAGCAGCUGCCACAGCAGCAGCAGAAAGUGCCAGGCAGGAGAGAGCAGCCCACUCCAGUAGAGGACCAGCCGCACUCCAGUGCCCCCAGAGCCUCGUGGGAAGAGAGGAUCCUUGGAGCAAAGGUGGUGACUGUGUCUCAGGAGGCGGAGUGGCAUCAAAUUGAGCCCUUGCUUAGGAGUGAGUUAGAAGAUUUUCCAGUGCUUGGAAUCGACUGUGAGUGGGUGAAUUCGGAAGGCAAAGCCAGUCCUCUAUCACUCCUUCAAAUGGCCUCUCCAAGUGGCUUCUGUGUCUUAGUUCGCUUGCCCAAGCUGAUCUGUGGAGGAAGGACACUACCAAAAACGUUACUGGACGUUUUGGCAGACGGCACAAUUUUAAAAGUUGGAGUAGGAUGUUCAGAAGAUGCCAGCAAGCUUCUGCAAGAUUAUGGCCUCGUCGUUAAGGGGUGCGUGGACCUCAGAUACCUAGCCCUGAGGCAGAGAAACAAUUUGCUCUCUAAUGGGCUUAGCCUGAAAUCACUCGCUGAGACUGUUUUGAACUUUCCCCUUGACAAGUCCCUUCUGCUUCGUUGCAGCAACUGGGAUGCUGAGAAUCUUACUGAGGAUCAGGUAAUUUAUGCUGCCAGGGAUGCCCAGAUUUCAGUGGCUCUCUUUCUCCAUCUUCUUGGAUACCCUUUCUCUAGGAAUUCAACUCUAGAAGAAAAUGAUGACUUCAUUGGCUGGAGAAAAGUCUUGGAGAAAUGUCAGGAUGUGGUAGAUAUCCCAUUCCGAAGCAAAGGAAUUAGCAGAUUGGGAGAGGAGGUUAACGGGGAAGCAACAGAAUCUCAGCAGAAGCCAAGAAAUAAGAAGUCGAAGACCAAUGGAAUGAUGCCAGGCAACCACCAAGGGAGAGACCCCAGAAAACAUAAAAGAAAGCCCCUUGGAGUGGGCUAUUCUGCCAGAAAAUCACCCCUCUAUGAUAACUGCUUUCUCCACGCACCUGAUGGACAGCCCCUCUGCACUUGUGAUCGAAGAAAAGCUCAGUGGUACCUGGACAAAGGCAUUGGAGAGCUGGUGAGUGAAGAGCCUUUUGUGGUCAAGCUACAGUUUGAACCAGCGGGGAGACCUGAAUCCCCGGGAGACUACUACUUGAUGGUUAAAGAAAACCUGUGUGUAGUGUGUGGCAAGAAAGACUCAUACAUUCGGAAGAACGUGAUUCCGCAUGAGUACCGGAAGCACUUUCCCAUCGAGAUGAAGGACCACAACUCCCACGACGUGCUGCUGCUCUGCACCUCCUGCCACGCCAUCUCCAACUACUAUGACAACCACUUGAAGCAGCAGCUGGCCAGGGAGUUCCAGGCCCCUACUGGCUCCGAGGAGGGCUUGCGCCUGCUGGAAGAUCCUGAGCGCCGGCAGGUGCGUUCUGGGGCCAGGGCCCUGCUCAACGCAGAGGGCCUGCCCGCGCACCGCAAGGAGGAGCUGCUGCAGGCGCUCAGAGAGUUUUAUCGCACAGACACGGUCACGGAGGAGAUGCUUCAGGAGGCUGCCGGCCUGGAGACCAGGAUCUCCAAUGAAAACUACAUUCCUCACGGGCUGAAGGUGGUUCAGCGCCACACCCAGGGCGGGCUGCGCUCCCUCAUGCAGCUGGAGAGCCGCUGGCGGCAGCACUUCCUGGACUCCAUGCAGCCCAAGCACCUGCCCCAGCAGUGGUCGGUGGACCACAACCACCAGAAGCUGCUCCGGAAGUACGGGGAGGACCUUGCCAUCAAGCUGUCGUGACAGCUGCUUCCCUUCCACGUUGGGACAGCUGGGAAGCUGGAGCCAGGGGUGAAAAGUCACCUCUUCCUGUUUUAAUGUCAUUGUCGAAGCCUGGUGACACAACUCACAAUACUAACCUGUACUGAUCCCAGGAUGCUUCUGGUGGAGCAAGGUGUUGUUUUCAGGGGGAGCUUAUGGUCUUGCAUUUUAGUUGGGCAGGGGGAGAGCUCUUUACUCCACCCUCUUAUUUUAUUUUUCUGGACAAAUGGGAGCCUUGGCCUUCAUUUUACUCUCCCUCUUCUGCUUUCCCUGUACAGGCGACAAAUGAGGGGUCCUCCCUGAAGUGUCUUGUCAAGACACUUCGGUUUUUAAUGCUUUUCCUCCCUGUGCAGCAUGUUGGUUCAUCUCAAACAGGAGCUGUCAAGUAUUUCAAGCCCAUCAGGUUAGGAGGGGAAAAAACGUUCUUCUAGAGGUUGUAGAGGAGAAAAGGGGUCGGAUUCAUAUUCCCAGUUCAACUUCAUAAUUAGAAAUUCUUUGGCUUAAUGCUCUGCGGUAAUUCACCUGGUUGGGAUCCAGCCCAUCUGGGUUGCUUCGGUUUAUUUCACAUGCUUGAAAAUGCUCCCGUUUACACAUUCAGGACCAAAGCAGCAACUUCCUCCCAUAUGUUUUCACCCUAACGCUGGAGGGAAUUCUUUUCUGGAAAGAGGCCUUCAGCUUGGGUGGGGCACAGAGAAGCACAAGAACCAUCUCCCAAGAGAACUUGGAUAAUUUGCUCAGCUUUCCGUUUCGCUGUUUCUUGCAAGCCUCCUGCCCAGAACGGCAAGGUUUUUAGCUUAAUCCCUUUCUGAGAGGAAGGUUAUCUUUUCUCAGAAUCAGUAUCUGGUCCCUUCAGUGUUCCAUCAGGUUUGCAAUACUGACCUCUUUUAAGCUCUUAAUUCUCUCCCAGAGUCAUUUGGUUAGGUUGAGAGGAUUUCUCCAUCUCCCUUCAUGCCUGGGACGUCAAGACUAAUUAAUACAUUUCAGUGUUCAAAACGGUGGUGUUUCAUCUUUCCAAACGUGAGGCCACCACUUGGAGCACGGAAUCAACUUCUUAGUGGUUAGUAUUUUUAUAAAGUAUUAGGAAAACUUUCUUACCUUACAAGAUCUUAACAAGCUUAAAAAAGAGCUUUAUGGGGCUUCCCUGGUGGCGCAGUGGUUGAGAAUCUGCCUGCCAAUGCAGGCGACAUGGGUUCGAGCCCUGGUCCGGGAAGAUCCCACAUGCCGCGGAGCAACUAAGCCCGUGCGCCACAACUACUGAGCCUGCGCUCUAGAGCCCACGAGCCACAACUACUGAGCCCGCGUGCCACAACUACUGAAGCCCGCGCGCCUAGAGCCCAUGCUCUGCAACAAGAGAAGCCAUGGCGAUGAGAAGCCCGUGCACCACAACAAAGAGUAGCCCCCGCUCGCCGCAGCUAGAGAAAGCCCGUGCGCAGCAACGAAGACCCAACGCAGCCAAAAAUAAAUUGAUUAAAUAAAUAAAUUUAUUAAAAAAAAAAAAAAGAGCUUUAUGGCCAGAAUUCAACAAGAGCUCUGUUGUUUCGGAAUUGUGCCGGAGUUGGUGAUGGUUGCUCUAACACUGAUAAAUAAAACAGCUUCUAAGCACAAAGUUCAUUGAUUGUAAAUGUAAAACCUUUUUCUUCAUAAUUUUAUAGAAUCGGCAAAUACUCUUGGGGAAGGAGAUCUUUAUGCUAUAGGUCCCUGCCGUGUGGCAGCCCAUGAUAUGUGUGCAGGUGUCGUCGUGUGCCUCCGCCAACAGCUUUGGCCUGCCGACAGCAGCCCACAACACAUGCACACCCUGCAGUUUGUUCCUCUGCCCUUUCAUCCCCACUCAUCCUCGAAUAGGUGUCUCUGGUAUCUAAACUAGAAAGUCUUGAAGACAAAUAGUACCAGCUGCUUUGGGGACCGUUUGUUCAACACACUAGGUUAUUGUGGGGCAGGUUCCUCAGGGGCUGUUACUGCCCACAGCCCGGGGCAGAGAACCGUGGAGACGGAUAAGUGGUUGUCGUAGUCAGGCUUGCCACAAGGGGGCGUGGUAGAUCUUGCUUUAUAUUCAUUCUUGAGAAGUAAGGGGCUUUGAUAACAUGGUUUCUAAACAUAACUCAUGACUUAUGUUUCAGAUUAUGUCUCACUUUGAGUCAUUUUGACAGCCUUACAAGAAAAACGUCUUCCUCUGAAACGAGAGUAGGGCUCUUCCUUUCUCUUUCCCUGUGAUCCUCAUACUGAGAGGUGAGAACCACGUUAACAGGUCGUUUAAGGCGCUGUGGUUACUGCGGAAGGAGGAAUGGCUUCUCCAGUAGAGCUCCCUGCAAAGCUUAGUAAUGUAGAGCCAGCAGCCACGGUAGAGGAAACAUCUAGACUGUGGCACCCUCGAUUUCUCAUCCUUUUCAGAACAGUGACUGUGUAGGUUUGAAUCUUUUUGUUUUCUGAGUCAGCCUUGGACGCCUUUCUCUAAGACUGACAAUCGGUAUCUCUAGUGAGUUAUUUUAGGGCGGGCAUAUUUUAACAUAAAAUUUUUUUCUGAUACAAAAGUAAUGUGUAUGCUUGUUAGAGACGAAUCUAAAGAAAGAAUGAAAAUCCAUCUUCCCUCCAUGUAGCACAGAGCUAAUCUCUGCUGGUAUGUUUAUGAAUUUCCUUUCAGUAUUGAAAAAUGCAUAUAACAUGUAAGGUGUUUAAACAAACUUGAGAGUCAUAUAUACAGCUUGGUAUACAAUUUGCUUCCCUCAUUUAACAUGGUGUCACAAGUAAUUUCUUGUGUCUUUAAAUCUUGGAAAGUAGAUUUGCAGUAAUUCUACCUUACCUUAUUAUCCAUUCCCACGCUGUUAAAUUUUGGUUGUUUCAGAUCCUUUGUUAAUAUCAAUGAUGUUGUGAUGAACUUUCUUGUGUAUAAAUCUUUGACUAUAUCUUUGCUAACUUUUUUAGGUUAGAACCCUAGAAAUUGGGUUGCGAGGAGGGGGACUCACAUUGCUGCAGUGAGUACAAAUUGAUAUCACCUUUUAGGAAUUUCUGUGAAGGGAAUGCUUCCCUUUGACCCUUUAACUCACGUCCCAGUGCAUUUGCUGAGCUUCCUCCCCUGUGAGUAGAGGUGAGUGAACAGUGUCACAGCAAAGGCCUCUCUGAAUGUGCCUGAUCAUUACGAUUGCAGGCUCAGAGUCUUUUCUCUGCUUCCCUUCUGUCUGUCUCCCAUCCUUUAUUGCCUCAGUCCC